AUGGCACCUAUCCGCGAUCAUUCUCACUUGGUCAACUCACUGGCAACUUCGACCCACCUCGAAACGUCAGCAUCACAGCUCGAUAGCGUUCCGAGGCAUUUGGAAGACUCCAUCCGAUAUGAGACGUCAAGGCUAAGCCAGGCUGCUGGUAUCUUACUCAGUCUGCCGCAAGAAAUCAUAGCACAGUCGAUCAUCGUCAUGCAACGUUUCUGGGUGGGUCCUGAGGGUGGCAGCAUGCUUGAGUAUGAUCCACAGGAUGUGGCAUCAGCUGCAAUGUAUCUUUGCGCCAAGCCUUCCGGCUUUAGUCUGAGCCCACGCUCCAUCUUGACCACGUUCGAGUGCCUUCGAAGUCUGAAUUGCAAGUAUGACGAAAGCCUGAUCGAGAAAGGACCGUUCGAAACAGAGUGGCGACUGUCAGAUGGCGAGUACGAGACUCGACGAGAGCAACUGUACAAGGUCGAGGCGCAGAUCUUGCGAACCUUGGGCUUCCAAACUCAUGUCGCUCUGCCAUAUACGUUGAGCAUGAACUACCUGCAGACUCUUGAAGCGUUUCAUGACGAUAAAGGACCGGUGUUGGCAAGACGGGUCUUCGCACAUCUGAACAGCGCUUUACUCAGCCCACAAUUGCUGUACCUUACGCAUCAACCUUGUGCUCUCGCUACUGCUUCUAUAUAUCUGGCCGCCCGAGAAGUUGGUGCUCUUCUGCCCGAAGCAGAGUGGUGGGAAGUUUUCGAUGUGGAGAGAGAAGAACUUGGCUUUUUGGUCGUGGCACUACGAAGUAUGGAAGCCUUCGCGGUUCAGGAGAAGCGGCAAUGGGAGUCUCGCGUAGUGCCCCUGACGAUCCAUGAUGUCCGUGGAGAGAUCGAACGUGAGCGGAUGCUCGAGGCGGACGAGUGA